AUGGUGCAGCGCGAGGAGGUGAUCAUCAGCAUGCGUGGUCUGUACCUGCACCACAACUGCCGGGGCCCAAGGGCGAACCAGGCGACGCUCCUGAACCCUCCCCUGAUGGGCGAGCUUGCUGUUAACAACUGGACUGUCUACGACGGUCCGGGGCCUGAUGCCAAGCUCGUCGCACGGGCGCAGGGCCUGCACAUCAACGCCGGGAACUGGCACAACUCCUUCAGCCUAGUGUUCGAGGACGGAAGGUUCAAGGGGUCUACUUUGCAAGUGAUGGGAGUAGUUGUUGAGCACGGCGAGUGGGCUAUUGUUGGGGGAACCGGGGAGUUGGCCAUGGCAACUGGAGUCAUUUACAAAAGGUUUCAUGAACACAAUCAGGAUGGGAAUGUGAUGGAACUUACCAUCCAAGGAUUCUGCCGCCGGCUCAACAACCAUCUGCCAUCGCAGGUCCCCUAUGAUACCCACAUGAUUGGGCCAUGGGGUGGACAUGGAGGGUCACCUAAGGACAUCACAGAACCUCCAAAGCGUCUUGAAAGUAUCACGGUUAAGAGUGGCGUGGUUAUUGACUCAAUUACGUUUACAUACAUCGACCAAACCGGCAAGAAGCACACUGCAGGUCCAUGGGGCGGUUCUGGUGGCAGCCCAUACAAGAUCCAGCUUGCUGCCUCUGAGUUUGUCAAGGAAAUCUCUGGAACAUAUGGAACGUUCGAUGGUGCCACUGUUAUAACUUCACUUAAAAUUGUCACCAAUGUUCAAACCUUUGGGCCUUGGUCGACGGAGAUAGGGACUCCCUUCAGUGUUCCCGUGCAGAAGGGAAGUGGCAUUGUGGGAUUCUUUGCUCGUGCUGGGAAGUACCUUGAUGCAAUCGGUGUUCAUGUUCACCAUGUAUAA